CAGGACUAGGAUGGGAGACAAGAAGAAAACCAUUGCUGCGAUCGAUAAAUGGUGGGACGAUAAAAUUAAGGCUGAUUAUAGGUUUAAGCCUUUUAGGACGAAAGGCAUACAUCCCGAUUUUGAUAUGUUGUUAGCUAGAAUGUUCAGUAGUACAGUUGCUACUGGAGGAAUCACAUGGAAUCCUGGACAAGGUUUACGUAUUGAGGAGGAUGUUGAUGCCACACAACCUAAUAUCGCCGAUGUUGAUGUAUCUGCUGAUGAGAUUUUGGAGUCCGAAGGUUGUGAAAAUGUUGUUGAACAAAAUGUAACUCAAACCCGUAAAAGAGUGAUGCGGACUUCAACGAGGCAAGCUCGGGGAAAGAAAGAGAAGAGAAUGACGCCACAACAACAGCUUGGAAACCAAAUUGAAAGGAUGGUUUCCGCUGUUGAAAGUAGGAGCAAUUUCACAUGUCAACCAGAUUAUGGAUUUGGUCCUUACAAGGACCUCAUGCAAUUGGUGGAUUCCAUUCCCGAGAUUGUGCAAGAUGAAAAGUUAUACUUUUUCGCAAUAAAACAUUUCAAGGAAAAGAAAGACAAUUGGCAAGUCUUCAUGAGCUUAAACGGUGAUGCACUAAGAGUCAAGUAUCUCAAGUUUGAGAUGGACGAGCUUAGUUUCUUCACAGACCUACAACUUGGAUGCAAAUCUCUGCCUCCUUCGCCUUUAUCGGGUAAUGCCAAGUUUGAACCCGAGAAGAUGAGCUCCCAAAUCGUUGCUCGCAUCUUAUUAAAGAUAUCUCUGGUAGGAAACGUAAAGCUCCUCCCAAGGCUGCAGAUCUAUCUUAAAGUCUCUGCUGAACGGUAUAAUGGAGAAAAGAGCUUCAUCAAUGAUGUAGGGAAGGCGCCGAAAGGCGCUUCGUCAUCUUGUAGCCAAGCUUCUUCUGGAUUUUAUCCAAAAUAG